AUGGAGCCCCUGCUCGGUGGCUUCGGCGACCCGGCGUUUUUGGCGGCGGUGCAGCAGCUGAUGGACCUGCCCGACGAGCUGGAGCGACAGCUGAACGCGACGACGCGGGCCUACGUGCGUGACCGCCGGGCCAUGGCCAACACGUACGCCCAUGGACGUCAAGGAGCUGCCGUCCGGGCCGAUUCUCCUAGCCGUCGACAUGCCCCGGGUCAGCCUCUCCGACGUUAA